GUUAAGAAUAAUCAACAUAUUAAAAGCCGUCGCCAUAAAGCAAGUCAUGAGGCUUGGGAAAGACGUACACAAGUGGACGUGUAAAGAUGUGGGCUUGUGGCUUAAAGAAAACGGUUUCGAUGAUCAUGCGGAUCUAUUUGCGAAGCAACAUAAGAUAGACGGAGGUGCUCUUCUCGUCCUCAAUGAAGAUGACUUAAGAAAUCCCCCGCUUGAGUUGAAAGUCCUUGGCGAUAUCAAGCGUUUAUCUCUGGCGAUUGCUUCUCUUCAAAGAAAACACAGCAGGCCAACGCACUUAGCACUCCCUAAUGCUACGAAUGGACACGUUAAACGAAAAUUUGUUGAUCAGAUUGAUAGCGUGGACGGUUUUGUGGGACAGCUGAGACGACGCGAUUUUUCGGAUUCUGAUAUCGAUGAUGACAGGCCUGAUGUUCAUCCUUUCUCAAAUAUCUCUGAAACAGGGAGAACGUUGAUCAGUUUGGUUUAUGCGUUUUCAGUAUUUUUUGUCACUUCUUUUGUAAUGGUUUUCGUCCACGAUCGCGUACCAGACAUGAAGAAGUAUCCUCCUCUACCUGACAUAGUCCUGGACAAUGUACCGCUCAUACCGUGGGCUUUUCAAAUGUGUGAGGUCACAGCGCUUAUUUUAACUGCCGUUUUAACUACGGUUUUGUUCUUCCACAAGCACAGAGUUAUCGUGAUAAGAAGAAUGGCUGCUUUGUGUGGAACAGUGUUUCUUCUGCGGUGUGUUACAAUGUUCGUGACGUCUCUCAGCGUUCCUGGAAUCCAUUUGGAGUGCUCUGGAGGUACGUCAAAGGUACGUGUAAACAAAUUAUGAACUCAAAGCUCACGAUUUUCGACCUUAUUUAGACCGGGCUAGAUAUUUUUUAUCACUUAGAAGAACAGUUAAACACGACGGAGAAAUAUGCUUAUUGGUGGCAUAAUAGUUAAAAUUUGCCGUAAGAACAGGCAGAUAUUGUUUACAGUUGUGGUAGCUUUAAUGUGUUCUGCCAGACAUGAAUCAUUAAUGACACAUAUAGAAUUUGAAUACUUCUUAGUGGACUUUGCAUUCAAGCUUUGAUUACUUAUUGAUAUGAUUAUCACGUUUCUGGCUGUUGCUGUGUAAUAAUUUUCUGUUUUGCUUUUUACAAUCAUCUUGGAACCUCUUUUUGGCAAAAUUUUUCUGUUUGAAAUGAUGCCAAAUGUGGAUAUACUAGAACCAGAUUAUGCAGACCUCAAUUAUCCAGAUUUUUCGAUUAUCUAGACUGGCUUCUCUGGUUCUAUUUUUUCACAAAUUAGUCUCAUUGGAGAUCUGCAACAACUGGUUCCCCGUAAAACAAAGCAGAUGCACUUCCAUUUAUGCAGCUUCAAAGAAUGAUAGAUUUAGUGGCACACAAACACUGUAGCAGCUUGAAAAAACUGAUUUUGUGUCUAAAUUUUAGGUCAUAAAAUACUUUUUUAAAUACUCUGACAAAUUUUGGAAAUGGUGCACAAUGAUUUGAGAAUGUCCAUCUAUUUUUGACUCAUCAACAUUUAUAUUUUCAAUUACCCAGACUCUCGAUUUUCCAGUCUAUUCAGCCAGUCCUCACAGGUCCAGACAAUCAAAGUUUGACUGUAUUAUUUAAAGUGUGCAAAACAUGUUGCUCAUAGGUGGUCAUGUUCAAACUGAAGUGCAGUGUUAGUGUUAAAUUAUGUCGAAGACUAGAGUCCUUCUUCAUGGUACAGUGGAGUGGAUAGCAGUCCUUAUAAAUGAAAAAUAUCUUUAAAACAUUAAAGCUCUCAUAAAGCCCUUGUACCAACAAAUUCUAAAAUUAAUCUUAAUUGAAAUCUGUUUCUUACAGCGUUUUACAGUUUGUAAACUUUUGAUGAGCUCCACAGAUUUAAGGCUCUAAUGUAGAACAACAUCCAGUAGCCUGUUUUAGGUCAGUCGUGCUUAUGGUAGAAUAAAGUAGGAUGUAUUAGAUUAUUUCUCAUUAUCUUUUGUUUCUUGUUAUUUUUUUGUAGUUGUAUGGUGACACUUGGGCAAAAAUAAGAAGAGCCUUCGAGAUCCUGCUUGGUUUUGGGAUGUCAGUAAAUGGUGUGCGUACAUGUGGUGACUACAUGUUUAGUGGCCACACGGUUACCAUCACCUUGUUGAAUUUUUUUGUAACAGAAUGUAAGUUCUAAGUGUUAUUUCAUAUCACUUGUAUUUAUCUGUCCAUUGUUCAUGCUUCAUAUGCAUGGUACAGUUACAUAUUGAUAACUUACUACUGUAAAUAUUUUUUACAUUAUUGAACUGAAGAAAUGAUAGAGGAAGAUGCUUUAAAUGUUUAAUUGGUUUUAAUUAGAAUUUUUCAAGCUACUUUGACUUUUAUUUUAUUUUGUCUGGUAUUCAUUUUUUUUAUAAAACAAAGGGAAUUGAAAAUGCAACUGGUUCUAGGAAUUCUAAACCAUUAAAAAAAAUGAACAUAACAAUAAAGGUACUGACUGAUUUUUUAUGAGUUUAAGAGAAAGAUGAACAGUAUCUAAGUCAGUGACGAGUGUGCAAACACACUCUAGAUCCUUUCAAUCAAAAGUUAGAUGGUCUAAAACUGAAUCACUAAGCUGCAGGAAAAUUAUAGUUGGAUAAGCUCUGUGGUACAUUACAUUUAAUACAAGUUGGGGAUUCACAUCCAGACUACUGCUUGUAUUAGCAAUGCUGGAACCAUUCUUUGUUGACAGUUGUGGAACAAGCACAUUUUGUACCUUUAGUUAGUUACUUGUGUUCUUGUUCAUUGAGUGAAAAAAUUGAAAACAAUUCAUUGACUUGAUGAGUUUGGAACUCAAUAGCUUUGGUAAUACCAAUUUCUCUCUCAUUUGCAAGGUUAAGUAUUAUUAUGUUUCAGUACACACCUGUGGGUGCAAACAUCUUAACCCUUUACUCCCUGAAAUCAGCAUGUUUUCCUUACAUUUCUCUACACAUUUCCUAAGGGGCUGACAAAAGGAGACUUUGUUUACAAUCAAGAGCUUCUUUAGUUUGUGAUCAUUUCCUCUUUUUUUUGUUACCUUGAUGUUUGAUUUAGGAAUGAUAUUAGCUGGAGAAAUUAGAUGUUAGUCACUGUUAGAGGUCAGUUUGGUUAAGUGAGGGUUUACAACAAGUAGAUUAUUCAUAAAACACAUAUUUAUUUGUGCAACAUUUUUUUUCUUACAGAUACACCAUACUACAUGUACUACUUGCACACAUGCUGCUGGGUCCUGAAUAUGUUUGGAAUUUUCUUCAUCCUGGCUGCCCAUGAGCAUUAUUCCAUUGAUGUUGUUAUUGCUUUUUACAUUUCUUCUCGUCUCUUCCUUUACUACCAUACUCUUGCCAACACUCGAGCACUCAAACAGAUUGACAGCAAAAGGACACGCAUAUGGUUCCCCCUUUUUUGGUUCUUUGAGGAAAAGGUGUCUGGCAAGGUGCCAAAUGAAUAUGAAUGGCCUCUGAGGUGGCCCAUAUUUCUGUGCAAGAAAUCCAAGUCCCGUUAAAAGCCUGUGCAUGUACCAUUAUCUGGCUCUGCUCCCUUCCAUUGUAGGUUGAUAAUUGAACUAGCUUUCUAGAUAAUGAACAAGGCAUGAUUUUCUAAGUUUCAUCACAGGAGCAAAACUACUUGAAAGUGGUGGUGUAGGAAAAUAUGUAUCUUGGUUACAGAGAUAUUCAUAUAGAUGUAGGAUAGGCAAUCCUCUUCUUUUCUAGAAACUUAGUCAGCCAUCUCAACUAGAGACUUUAUAGAAGCCAAGGUAUU